UCCUACUUUCUCUCAUCUUCAAACCUUAGCUCAUUCAAACCCUAAUUCACGCCGCUCAAAACCACCAGAUCUCCGUACAAAUGGCGGUUAGCGAGCUCGCAUGCACCUACGCCUCUUUAAUCCUCCACGAUGACGGCAUCGCAAUCACCGCCGAGAAGAUCGCUACGCUUGUUAGCGCAGCGAAUGUAAGCAUUGAAUCCUACUGGCCGAGCUUGUUUGCUAAGCUUUGCGAGAAGAAGAAUCUCGAUGAUUUGGUUAUGAAUGUUGGAGCUGGUGGCGGUGGUGCUGCCGUGGCUGUUGCUGCUCCGGCAGGUGGAGCUGGUGCUCCGGCUGCCGCUGCUCCUGCAGCUGAAGAGAAGAAGGAAGAAGCAAAGGAAGAGAGUGAUGAUGAUAUGGGAUUCAGUUUGUUUGAUUAGGGUGUUUUCUGUACCUUGUAAGGGUUCUUAUACAACUUUGGGAACCUAUUUGAUAGUUGAUUUCUGUGUUUGUAGUACUUAUGCUUGAGAUUUUGUUUAUGGAUUUAUGAUUUUGGUCUUUACUUUACACAUCUUAAUUGCAAUUGUUAGUUUUUGUUCUCA